AUGCUGACAUUGAAUGUGGAUUGGUUUCAACUAUUUGAAGGCCGUACACAUGCAAGUGGUGCUUUGUACCUGUCUAUGAACAACCUACCAAGAGAAGAAAGAAUGAAGCCAGAGAACAUUAUCCUUGUCGGUGUCAUGCCUGGUCCAAAGGAAGCAAAGAUUGACCAGAUGAACAACUUCUUGGAAUCUCUGGUAGACGAGCUGGUAGAAUUAUAUGGUGGUGUAACUGUAAAGACUGCUUCAUUCCCCAAUGGUACUAUUGUUUAUGCUACUCUUAUAUCUAUUGCUUGCGACAUACCUGCUGCAAGAAAAACCACUGGAUUUACAGGGCAUGCAAGCACUAAUGCCUGUCAUAAAUGCAAGCGCCACUUCUCUGUAAUUGCUGGAUCAAGUAAGAUUGAUUACUCUCGGUUUGACAAUGAAAGCUGGGUGACAAGAACAAAGGAGAUGAAUGCCAUAUACGCUAAUAUGUGGGCUUGUACAGAAUUAAGUGCAGAAAGAGCAGACUUGGAGAAGCAAAAUGGCACGUGGUUUUCUGAGUUACAUUGUUUGCAUUACUUUGAUCCCAUUCGGUGCACAAUUGUUGAUCCCAUGCACAAUUUGUUUCUUGGGACAGCAAAACAUAUGAUCAGUAGUUGGAAAGACCCUGGCUAUCUCCCUGCUGCUGUUCUUGUCCGCAUGCAAUGCCUUGCUGAUGACGCUUUGCCUGAAAAAGACUUCAAAAACUGGACUCUCUUUGUCAAGGCAUGCCAAAAGUUGACUGGUCCUUCAGCCAUGUACUCAGAGAUUGACAGUGCACACCAGCUCCUGGGAGACUUCGGAAAAAAAUGUGAGAUUCUUUAUGGAAAUAGUAGCAUCACUCCAAAUAUGUAUUUGCAUAUGAACUUGCGUGAGUUGAUGUUUGACUUUGGUCCAGUGUAUGAAUUCUGCCUUCAGGUUACAUUCAUGAGAGUAUUCCUGGAAAAGGCAUUUAAUAGCACUUUCCUAUAUGCAUAUUUUACCAACCUUUUGCCACCAAUAAUACAGUUCCUUGAGAGCAUUGCCCAAGUUAUGUUGGUAUCUGCUCUCUUGCCUCUCCCUUGCCUGGAGAAUGGUCAUCCACCUGUACUGGCAUUCAACCUUCCAAUGUUUCUGCAGGUUGUCACAAAUCCAUGGUAUAAUGUCACCAGAAGUGAGGCCUUGCCCCCAACCACUUUGCCAAUCAAGCUGCAGCCUUUGACUAUGAUGAAGGAUGAUCACUAUCAGUAG